CAUUAGUCAGUUGUCAAAAAAAUUAUGACAUUACUUCGUUUCGUAGCGUGUAUUUGUAUCUUUUAAGUAUUCUAGUAUUUUUCAUAAACAUUAAAGAAUUUUUAUAACUUAAAAAAAUGGGUGAAUCUAAUGAGACAGUGAAGAUAAACAAAUGGGAUGGAGCCGCCGCUAAAAAUGCUAUAGAUGAUGCUAUUAGAGAGGUGCUAACUGGAGAUUUAAAAUGUAAUGAAAGUUUUGCACUUAUUGAUGGAAGAUUGUUUCUUUGUGCUCUGGCUGUAGGAGUUGCACUUUAUGCACUGCUAUGGGAUUAUCUUUAUCCUUUUCCACAAUCAAGAUUGGUCCUUAUUGUGUGCGUGUCAUCAUAUUUCAUUUUGAUGAGUAUUUUGACUCUAUACACAACAUUUAAGGAGAAAGGAAUAUUUGUAGUUGCAAAGGAAAAAGUUGGAAACAAUACCAGAAUUUGGGAAGCCAGCUCUUAUGUAAAAAAGCAUGAUGACAAAUACAACUUGGUUAUUGUAAUGCGUGACUCCACUGGCAAGAGUCGGGAAGCGUCAUUCAACAAGUCUUUUGCUAACUAUAUCGAUACAAAUGGUGCAGUUGUUCAAACUAUUGUGACAAAUGAAAUCACAAAACUUUACAACUCACUAUCUUCAGAGAAGAAAGAAAAGUGAUACCAUGAUCUUUAUGCAUUUAAUAUUAUUUGAAAUUAAGCAAACAUUUGUGUAAACUUAUGAAUAAAUGCUGAGAAUAUA